GCAUCCCCAGGUCGUGAUGCAAGGUCGGUUCGAUGGAGGCGGCGGUGGAUAUCACGGCGGAGGUGGGAACAACAUGCUUGGCUUUGAUGGAAAGCCUCGUACGAGGAAGCCCAUUGUGCGCAAGUGUAUUGACCCUAACAGCUCAUUCAUCUCAUACGUCACGAUGCGGAAGUUCGCGCGAGAUUUCAGAGACCUGCCGGCAGCGUUUGCGAUGAAUCCGCACUCUGCUUACAAGCGCUACAUCCUUCCUCCUGGUGCAUUCAAUCGAGACGACUUGGCCUCCGUGGUGUGCACAAAGUUCUGUCGCAGUUCUACGAACAAGCAGCGAUGUCCCGUCAACUGCCUGAUGUGGACACCUGAAGGCCGCCGGUUGAUCACGGGUAACUCGGUGGGGGAGUUUACGUUGUGGAACGGCCUAGCGUUCAACUUUGAGACGAUUCUCCAAGCGCACGACGAUGCUGUGCGUGCGAUGGUGUGGAGCCACAAUGACAACUGGUUUGUGACGGCAGACCACGGCGGCGUGAUCAAGUACUGGCAGAGCAGCAUGACCAACGUUCAGCUCGUGCGCGGACAUCGCGAAGCCGUGCGGUCGCUGUCGUUCAGUCCCACGGACUACAAGUUUGUGAGUUGCUCCGAUGAUGCGACUGUGAAGAUUUGGGACUUUGAAAGCGUCAAGGAAGAGCGCGUACUAACAGGGCACGGUUGGGACGUAAAGUGCGUCGCGUACCAUCCGUCGAAGGCGCUGUUGGCGUCCGGUUCCAAGGACAAUCUCAUCAAGAUCUGGGACCCGAAGUCCGGGCAAUCCCUUCACACGUUGCACGGCCACAAGAACACUGUGGUCAAAGUAGACUGGAACCAAAAUGGGAACUGGCUGCUCACGGCGUCGCGAGAUCAGCUGAUCAAGCUGUACGACAUACGCACCCUCAAGGAGUUUGCGACGAUGAAGGGCCACGCCCGAGAAGUGACGUCGUUGGCUUGGCAUCCCAUAUGGGAGCGGCUCUUUCUCAGCGGCAGCUACGAUGGGAGUUUGUUCUACUGGAACGAAGGCCAGGAGACUCCGAUUGCGACCAUUCCUCACGGCCAUGACAAUGCGGUUUGGGACAUCCAGUGGCACCCUGCUGGCCACGUUGUUGCGUCGGGAUCGAACGACCACAGCACCAAAUUCUGGUGUCGGAACCGGCCGGGCGACUGCAUGGAUGACAAGUACAAUGCUGGCGUUGGCGAAGAGCGAGACAUGGACGGGAUGAUUCCAGGGCAUCCCAACAGUGGGGGGCACAUGAUGGGCGGUCCGUCCGGUGGCUUUCACGGAAAAUCGAUGGGGGUAGGCGGGUCCCACAUGCCGCGCCGCCCGCCACCCGAAAACUACACGUGCAAUCGCUGUGGCACCAAAGGACACUGGAUCGAAGACUGCCCGAGCAAAGACGACGCGAGCGCUGCCAUCUCGAAAGCUCCGCCCCCUGGCUACCUAUGCAAACGAUGCAACAUCCCUGGCCACUACAUCAGUGACUGUCCCCAGGCCAAGAUUCCUCCGCCAACGUAUAUCUGUCACAAGUGCCGUCAAAAAGGCCAUUGGAAACAGGAUUGCCCGAUGGAUACCGUCCUCGGCGGCGGCGGGUUCAAGCGGCAUGGCGAUGAAUCGGGGUAUUCCCAGCCCCCCAAGCGACACGAUCACACAUCUGGCAACAAGUGGUAAGUCAGGCAGUGUUGAAAUCUUCCAACGAGCAAACUCGAGCACUUGCUUUAAAUAAAACCUGUCCAUCUCCAUAACUUAAUCGCCGUCGAGUGGCGCGCACAGCUCCAUCUCGAGCAGCGCGUCGUCCACUUCGUCCAGUUCCAUCGCAGAGAGCGACAGCUCUCGAUCGGAAACGUCUCCCGUGAUGCUCCGAAGAGUGUCCAGCACCCCCGACAGCUCGAGUGCCUUGUCCGACGCCGUUGUCUGCGUCAUCCAAGGAUCUUCCAGCACCUCCGCAGCAGUCAAGCGCUUGCUUGGGUUGGCUACGAGGAGCUUCAGUGUGAGUUGUUUGCCGGCUUCGCUCACGUUGGCCCAGUUUGGAUGGUCCAGAACGACCUUGGCUUGAACGACGCGAUUGCAAAUGUCGGCUGGAUUGGCGCCUGGAAACGGGGGCUUACCACACAACAAAAUAAACAGGAUCACGCCGAGGCUCCAGCAGUCGACGGGGGUGCCGUAGUCAUGGCCCAGGAGCACUUCCGGAGCCAUGUACCCCGGUGUCCCGCAGCUCGUACCGCGAGUCGCAACGCCUCCCACAAGUCGCUUGGCGAACCCAAAGUCGGCCAACAGGAUCGGCGAGUUGGCCGAUGACGUGUAGAGCAAUAUGUUUUCGGGCUUGAUGUCGCGAUGGAUCACGUUGUUGAUAUGGAGAUAAGCGAUGGCCGACGCCAGCUGCGCGAUGACCCUCCUGGCGUCCGCUUCGGUGUAUCGAGGGCGGGUCAUCAGGUCAGUUAGGAGCAUCCCACCCGUGCAGAGUGGAGUGACGACACCGUAAAACCCCGGGGCCUCGUAAAAGUCCAGGCAUGUAACCAAAUUCGGAUGGGACAGCGACUUGAGCAGUUCCACUUCCUGCAGCAACGCAGGCGUCAACUGCACGUGCGACUUGGCGAUGCAUUUGACCGCUACUUGCGUGUGGCUCGAAGUAUAUCCGACUCGGACAAUGGAAUGCGCACCACUGCCGAGAAUGCGGCCGAGCGUGUACUUGGACGACGACAUCAUCGUUGUGGAUGCCUGCUGCUGCUGCUGUUUGACACUCGAUGGCAGGGGAUGCAGUAGCCGCGAGUUGGAGCUGUUCGGCUGGCUCCGGUACAUCGACUUCAUCACGGAACUGUACGCAACCUGCACGUCCUUGGUCCACAGAGACGGCCGCAUCUCGAGCUUAAGCUCGGCCGCGACCGCUAGCAUCCGCUUCAGCAUGUCAUUGUACCUCCCGUCGUCGACUUCUCCCUGAACUUGGUCGAGAAUACGAACGAGAUCCUGCGCGGAUUCCACCACGUGCAUGUCCCGAAGAAGUGCAAGGAAGAGCGGAAAGUCUUGGCUGAGCAUCUUGGCCGUGCCCUUGUCCACGUUGGACGGCACCGGUGGUUCUUCGUGCGCUGCCGUGGCAAAGUGCAUGUACAGAUCAAGUGCGGACGUGUGGCGCGGCAAUGUCACCUUGGACAGUUGUUUUCGCGGCUCUCGGAGGACGCGAACCCACCUCUCUCGCUCAUCUUCCGUCGUUGCUUGAAGGUGAAAGCGAACAGGUCGGCGUACGAGGAACAAAAUGCGGUGGCGUAACACUGUGAUCGUGAAUCGAUACGUUCGUGGGUGGUAAGCUGGUUGUGGCGUACUGUCAUCACACUCUACGUGAAUGAUGUCGGCAAGCGGCAGCUCACCACGGAGGUAUCGUGGGUCGACGCUCCAAGUCGUGCACUUGGCUCCACCACCAGGUGGUUUCCUGUAGUAUCGUAAUGCGCCACUUGUGAGAACGAAGAACCUAGUCAGCCAGUUCUUUCGGAGAUGGCCUCUCUUGAGCAGGAUUCCGCUGUGCAGAACGUCCUCUUUGGACUUGCCUGGAGUUGCCACCGCCAUCGCCACAGCAAGGCUUGGUCGGUCCUCCAUCGUGGUG